AUGUCUCGUAAAAUAUUUGAUCCUAACAUUGAUGGAAAUUGGGAAUUUCUAAAGAUGAAUGUUGAUAAUUCUUGUGACAUUGAAAAAAAAAUGUUAUUAUCUUCAAAAUAUGAAGAUACUGUAUUCAUUUGUAGUGAUGGACAGUACUUUGCUAAUAAAUUUACCAUUUGCAAGUAUAGUUCAAGAAUAAGAAAAUUAGUUUUAGAGAGUGACAAAACUAUUGAUAGUAUUCAUUUACCUGAUAUAACUGGACAAGAUUUUUUUCUUUUCAGACAUUUUGUUUAUACGAAGAGUUUAUAUCCAGUUGAUAAAAUGUCUCAUUACUAUGAUGUAUCUUUUAUUUUUGAGUCCCAAGAAUUAAUGAAAACAUUUUUUAGAUAUAUAUCUAUUGAUAAUGGAAAUUUAACAGAAUUGUUGGAAUUUCUUAGAUUUCAAUAUAUUACAAAAGAUUCAAAUGUAUUAAAUGCCUUGUUAACUUAUAGAAAAAUAUCUCUUGAAAAAUUACGGAUCUCAAGAAUUUUAAUGUUAAUGGAUAUGGAAGAAUUGACAAAAUUUAAUAUUGCUGCUAUUAUUGGUUCAUGGGGUGCUUUGGAAGCUUUUACAUUCAUUGAAUGUUGGAUUUCACAUUUAAAGGAGAAACGUAAUGGUUACAAAAACUACCUGUAUAGUUGUGUUGAUCUAUCGUCAUUUGAUCUAAAAUAUUCUGGAACUAUUCCUUACAGAAUUUUUACAGAAAUUGUCAAACAUUGUAAUCAACCCGAACAAAUAGAAUAUGUUAAAAAAAUUUAUGAACAUAGGCAAAAAGAUAUACUUAGUCGUAGAAGUCACAAAAAUACAAUAGAUUAUAGAUCAUUUGAUAUUGAAUUUUGGAGAAAACAAAAUAUUAAAAAGUUAACUCAAGAGUGUGGUGAUGUUAAUUGGUUUAAAAUUGUUUAUAAUUGGUUUAAUUAUAAUCAAGAGAAUAAUGUUCAGUAUCUUGUUGAAAUGCUACAACAUAUAGAUUUUUCUCAAAUUGAUUCUUCAUUUUUAACUACAUGGGUAACUGAAAACAAAGUUAUUUCUAGGAAAAAAAGUAUUUUCAAAUUUUUUAAACCUUAUAUUACUGAAAUGGUUACCGAAAUUGAUGAUGAAAAACUUAGAGAUGAGAUUAGGAUAUUUGAUUCUAUAUAUCAUUUACCUGAUACACCAAUGUCAAUGUCAUCUUCAGGAAAUUUUUCAAUUUAUAAUCCUGAUAUGGAACGAAAUAUAGAUGAUAUAUCAAAUCUAAAUAGUACUAAUAUUGAUUCUUUAAAUAAUGAAGUAGUACUUUCAUCAAUAGAAGAUACUCCAUUAUCACAAGAAGGAGAUACUUUAUCAUAUGGUGGAACAUCAGAAAAAAAUUUUCAUGGAGAAUGUGUAUUAAAUGAUAAUAAUAGUAGUAAUUUAAAUGUAAUUUCAAGACGUAGCUCCUAUGAAACAUUGAAUACAGUUGAUGAAAUAGAUUUUUCCAGUACAGAUGAUGUUUUUCAGAAAAGUGAUAAAUUAAAUAAUACAAAAGGAAUCAAUACUCCUCCAAAGACACCUUUAUCUCGAAGACUAGAAAAUAUUGUUCCUAGUAAUUAUUUAUUUAAAAAAAAGAAUUAUCAUGAGAAUAGUAAAUUAGUAGCAACAGAAAAAUUACCAUCAUACUCACUUACAAGUCAUAGAAAUGUUAGAAAUAAAAGAUUAUUAAGAGGAAGAUUAUCAUCUUUAGAGGAUUAUGAUGAAAUACCAAAUGAAAUAAACUAUAAUGUAAACAUUGUCAUGAUAGGUGGAGUUUCUGGAAUCAGUAAAGGUGAACUUAAACCAGCUCGUAAUUUAUUUUAUAGUAGCAAAGAUAAUGAAUAUGAAUAUUUUCCAGAACUUAAUCGAGAUAGAACAUUAACAAAAAUAGCUGAAUAUGAGGGAUAUUUAUUUGCUGUUGGGGGAAAAAUAUAUGUUAAUGGAAAGUGGGAUUCUGCUCUUGAAUUUUGUCGAUAUGAUAAAGUUAAUGGAUAUUGGAUUGAAAUGGAUACCUGUUUAGAAUCUCCUCGUUAUGACCAUGAUGUUUCUGUUAUUGAUGAUAAAAUGUUUAUUGUUGGUGGUAAUAAUUUUAAAAAGGAUAAAUAUUCUAUAAUUGGAUAUGACUUUCCAAGUGAAAAGUUUUUUAAAAUAGAAAAUACCGUAAAUGAUUAUAUUUAUCAACACAGUAACAUUGUUAAAAGUAAUAUAAUAUAUGUUGUUGGAGGAUAUAACCAUGGUCAAUCACGUCUAAUGCAUCGUUUUGAUCCACGUAUUGGAAAAUUAGAAACUUUAUCAUUUCCAUCAUCUCCACAUCUUUAUUCCUCUACUGUUCUUCAUGGUGAAAGAAUUUAUUGUAUUGGUGGAAAACAAAAUACUAAAGAUACAUCAUUACCUUUUCAUCAUAAUGAAGUUUAUGAUAUUCGUUCAAAUAAGUGGAUUCAUAUGACACCUAUGCCAACAUCACGUUGUGGUUGUGGUGGUAGUGUAAUUGGUAAUGAAAUAUUUGUAUUUGGUGGUGCUACUAAAAAUGGUGGAACACUUAAAAUUGUUGAAAAGUAUAAUAUUUUUCAAGAUAAAUGGAAAACAGUAAAACCUAUGAGUGAAGAGAGGGGAUUUUUUGGUAUACAUACAAUGGCAUUUAAUUAA